AUGGUCGGGUGUUUUCUCAUCUCGCUGAUGCGGAGCUGGUGGAUUGUUGCGGACCGAUCUGGGCGAACAGAUUUGGACGAGAAGGCAUGGGAUAUGGGCGAUAAAGCCCAGUUGGCACAGGCACGGGCUGCUAAUAAGUGGCGAGUUGACGUGCCCGUGUUCAAUAUGGGACGGGUAGUUAUGUUCCGUCCCGCGAGAACCCCGCACAAAUCCCAGGCAGAUUGCGUAGGUCCGGUGGAUGAGGUCGCAUUAGAUCCGCCGGUGUACCAUAACGUGCGCAUGAGGGUUAGUGGCAAGUUAUAUAGUGUCCACAUUACUGACAUGAGAGCCUAUCGCAUACCCAUUGUUGAGCCAGAGCGGGGAAAAGCACAUCGUUGCCUAUCAGGCACGGUGUACACCAACUGGCUGAUGUAUGAGAGCCCGUUCAAGGACGCGGGUGACCAGGAGCGGCAGGGGAUAGUUCGUGCUUUUAGCACCAGUGCCGAAGCAGCUUCCUGGCAGAAUGGUGUCAACACGUAUUGGCAUCGGUGGGUGGCACUCACGCAUACCCAUCAGCAUCAGCGUACGGAGUCCUUGCAGGAGAGAGAUCCGGAGCUGGUGGCUCAGCAUAUUGGUGCGCGGUUUGUACCUGCUUGGCGUAGCGCAAUUUUCAGUAUCGCAGAAAGAAAUUGCUACAGUGGGGAGUUCGCAAGGAGAAUCGUGUUCGCCAGGUCUGUCAGCUCUAAGGAACGCUGA